GACGGGUCUGUGAGACAGUGGAUUGAGCUAAACCACUGCAUUGUGAAGCACAUAGCACAGCACAAAUGUGUUAGUACGGCUCUAGCGAUCAACAGAAUUGAGGGUAGCCUAAACCGCAACAGGCAUCUAUUUUAACUUGGCGCUAAGUGCAGGUGGUAGUUCGUUGCACGGGCUGAAAUGUGCAUUUGAGACCUGUAGCAUCAACUCCAACGGAUCUCCUAUCUGACUUCAUUUUUCGCAUAAGUUACUGCGUCUUUUUCCAAGGACUUGCAAGUGCAUGCAUGGGCUUUAUCGUUUGGUUUAGGGGCUACCAAAAAGGCUAUACCCGAACAGUUAGAUCAUCAGAACAGCCAGCCUACAUGGUCUGGUAAUUUGUUUAUGGAAGGUAUCCUGGCGCACAGGCUGACAUUAUUGUAGUUUCAGCCCAUAACUGGGCAGACAUUUCGUGUGAUGGGACUCUCCAAACUCUGAAGGAGUGCAUUUGAAGUGGGAAGAAAGGGUAGAGGACAAAGAACACUGGGAAACGAGAGGAAGAGAAGAGGAGGAGAAAGAUGGAGCCUAGAUCUUUAGAACAGUCUGCGACGGUGGAUGAGCUGGUGGAAGCGUGCAUCCAAGCCUUUGAUGAGACGGGCGCUUUGAGUGACCCCUCCGUAGUGCGCAUGUUCCUCAUGAUGCAUCCCUGGUACCUCCCCUCCACCGACAUGGCAAAGAAACUACUUCUCAAAUCACAGGAGGAGAGCUGCACUGCUGAGCUCAGGACAAGAAUCUGCCACUUGGUGAAGUACUGGAUCAGUGAGUUCCCAGCGGAGUUCAAUCUAAACCCAGAGCUGGCAGAGCAGAUCAAAGACCUCAAGGACCUCUUGACCACUGAGGGGAACGAGCGCCAGAGUCAGCUCAUCGACAUCGACAGUGUGCCGUCAUACAAGUGGAAGCGUCAGGUGACCCAGAGGCAGCCAUCCAUGUCUAAGAAGAGGAAGAUGUCUCUGCUGUUUGACCACCUGGACUCCAGUGAGCUUGCCACACACCUCACUUACCUGGAGUACAAGUCCUUCUGCAAGAUACUGUUCCAGGACUACCACAGCUUUGUGAUGCAUGGCUGCACGGUGGACAACCCCAUCCUGGAGCGCUUCAUCACACUCUUCAACAGUGUGUCUCAGUGGAUCCAACUCAUGGUGCUCAGCAAGCCCACCGCCCCCCAGAGGGCUGCAGUCAUCUCCCACUUCAUCAGGGUGGCUCAGAAACUGCUCGAGCUUCAGAACUUCAACACUCUGAUGGCCGUAGUGGGGGGGCUCAGUAACAGCUCUAUAUCUCGUCUCAAAGACACCCAGUCACACAUCAGCAACGAGACCGACAAGGUGUUCAACAGCCUGAUCGAGCUGGUGACGUCUUGCAGCAACUACAGCCAGUACCGACGUCGUUUCUCCGAGUGCACAGGCUUCCGUUUUCCUAUUCUGGGCGUGCACCUCAAGGACCUGAUCGCUGUGCACGUGGCGCUGUCCGACUGGGCCGACCCAGACAAGAGCAGGGUCAACCUGACCAAGUGCCAACAGCUGUAUGCCAUCCUCCAGGAGCUGGCGCUGAUCCAGACCACGCCACCCAGCAUCGAUGCCAACACAGACCUUCUUAACCUACUUACGGUGUCUCUGGACCAGUACCACACAGAGGAGGAGAUCUACCAGCUGUCUCUACAGAGAGAGCCACGAAGUGCUAAACCAGCGAACUCCGGCCCUGCCCCUGCUCCUGCCCCCAAGCCCAAGCCAUCGAUGAUUGACGAGUGGGCUGCGUCGGUGAAGCCCAAAGCUGACCCUGCGGUCAUCAACAAACACAUAGAGAAGAUGGUGGACUCUGUCUUCAAGAACUUUGACACGGACGGGGACGGUCACAUCUCCAGGGAGGAGUUUGAGAUCAUCAGGAACAACUUCCCCUACCUCAGCAAGUUUGGAGAACUGGACAAAAACCAAGAUGGGAAGAUCAGCCGAGAGGAGAUGAUUGACUACUUCAUGAAGGCCAGCUCUCUGCUCAACUGUAAGAUGGGCUUCAUCCACACCUUCACAGAGAACACCUACGUCAAGCCCACCUUCUGUGAACACUGCGCUGGCUUUAUAUGGGGCUUCUACAAACAGGGAUACAAGUGUAAAGCGUGUGGAAUUAAUUGUCACAAGGCAUGUCGAGGUCGUCUUGCUGUGGAGUGUCGUAAACGGACCAAGAGCAUCAGCCAUGAGCAUGCUCCCUCCCUUCAGGCCCGCUCCUACAGCUUCCCCCCUCCGGCCAACACCCCACCCAGCCUACAGAACACAGUGAUUGUAGAGGAAGAUAUCGAGGCAGUAGAGGAAGGUGUGUUUGAUGUCCAUCUAUAACCAGAUGAUAACCAACAGGCAGGCCUGAGAUGUCCCUUCAGAAGUCCUGCAUACUCUGGCAUUCAUACAGCCAAACACAGCUGGGAGGAAACAACAGUAGUCGGGAGCCAGAAGCCUGCUGGGGUCUGUUCAGCAGGAUG